GACCCGAAUGAGCCACGAUAUUGUUAUUGCAACCGCGGCUCGUACGGGGAGAUGGUGGCGUGCGAUAACGACGCGUGUGCGCGUGAGUGGUUCCACUUGGGGUGUACGGAGUUGAGGAGUAGUCCUGCCGAGGACGAGACGUGGUAUUGUAAGGAGUGUCGG